UUUUUGAUCGACAGCAGCUUGGACGACGUCAAAAAGAAGUUGGACGCCCAAACCCGCAAACACAACAAAACGAUGCGCGAGCUGCAGACCGCCAACAGCAAAAAUCACACGCUGGAGUCGUCCAACAAGAAAAAGGACGCCCUCAUCGCGGACCUGGAAAAGCGGAAUGCGGAGUUGAUUGAGUACGGGUCCUGGUGCAAGAAAGAGAACACCAAAAUGAAGAGUGACCUCAAAAACAUGACGGAGGAGAAAGAGUCCAUCGAGACAAACCACAACACCUUCGUCAACAGGCACAAGCGGUUGAUGCAGACGUUUGCUGACCGGGUGUGCAAGAUCUUGUCCAGAUUCAAGUCCGAGGCGGAAGUCAAUGCCAUCUCAGAUGCCGCCGACAAGGGGAUCUUCGUGAAGGGUCCAACCCUGCGUGCAUUCGUCAAGCGCCAGGUUGCGUUACCGGCCUUCUGGGAGUUGCUGCGGGGUUUCAUGAAGUCGCACUCGCGGAGAAGUGCAGAGGGCCUCAUAGAAGAGUACGCCACGGGCGGCGACGGCGGAUUAACGAGAGAUUGCGCGCAGGCUGCGACUGGGUUGUCGCCCGAGAAAGCAGCCGCCGCAGCAGCCGCGGCAUUCGACCCUGUCCAGGCCGCGACAGAUGCUGAUCGUUUGCUUGCAGUUCGGAUUGCAGGGGCUGCUCUGGAUCGCAACUAUGAGAGCAUUUCCGAACGCGACUUUGUGUGCAAAUUUGGCUCUGAUGUCGUGGGCGGCUCUAAUGAUGAGCGCAAGGCCGCGUUCGCGCGCCUCGUUGAGCGCGGCCACUUGAUCUUCGAGAGGCCGAAGAAACGAGGCAGGAUCGGCGAGAAAACUGCAGGCGAUGCUGAGAAACGCGCCGACCUGCUGCAGUCCCUGCGAGCCCAAGAGUCCGUUGUAGACGCAGUGGCGAAGCGCGUCGAAGUUUUGGCGGGUGCGGGGCAGGGCGGCGGUGUACCUGAGACAACGCAAGUCCCUACCACAUAUCAGACGAAGUUCGAUGUGCCGUCCAGAAGGUACGUGGUCGGCUUCGGUGCCCAGAGCCUGAAUUGGUCCGCUCGUCUGGCCGGGCUGAGAGACGUCGAUGAUUGGGACAUCAAGAAAUGCGCGUUCACGCUGGCCCCGCAGAUUGCAGAGCGAGUCGAGUUUGCGCUGGGCCAGCACCAGGCAGCCAAGUUUGAGUGUCUCCGUAGAAAUUCCACGGACACGGCGGCAGUAUGCGAGGAGCUCGGCAUGACCACAGAGGAUGCUAAAAGCACGUGCGUAUCUGUCUUCUGCGGCGGCAAUCCGCCCGAAGCGCUCGCCGAGAAUAGCUUCCUCUUGGCGUUGGGGCGCGAGGGCAUUUAUCUUCGCUGGCUUGCUGUCUCAUUGAGCCCUGAGAUGCACGAGAUCUUCGUCAACGAUAGUUCUCGGCGGAGCCCGGCCGACUCGGAGAAGGCGAUCUUGGAGGCCACGGACUAUUCCGUAGAGGUUGCCUUGAAGACCCACGCGCGCUUUCUGGGCAUGCUCGUCGGCGACGCGGAGACCGCGGCGCGCGACGGCGCCGCUAUUCCACAGGUGCUGCUGGCCGCUGGCAACUGCAUCAUCCCCAUGAUGGCCAGGCUGACAGACAACGUCGCCGCGGCGGCGCCCAUGGCGAACAAGCGCAACAGGGCGAACAAGGAUGCUGCAGAGUGCCAGGCGCGGACGUACAGCAAUUGCAGCAAACUCACGAAGCAAUCCCUGGCGCCCUUGUUGGAGUUCCCGACUGGAGAGGGCAGAUAUUUGAUCCGCGUCGAGAAUGGCGGCCACCCGCAAUGCGUCGCCGCGACCCUGCGCCAGGGCGAUGUCUGCCAUGUGCUCGUGGGGGAGAAAACUUACGAGACCAAGAUUUCGACCGUGCGUCGGUGCUGGUCCGCGUCUGCAGACUCAAGGUUUCUUGCUCAGUUCAAGCUUUCGGCCGUGGAGCUCCCGCCAAACACACAGGAACAAGUGCUCCUUGAACUGAAAGCGGGCGGAUCGGCUAGCGACGGCUCAGGCAGCUGCGGCGCGCCCUGCACCAAGGGCAAGGGUCUGCGGCAAGACGUCGCCGACGAGUUCGAGACGCACUUGGAAUUCUGCGUAUGCGGGUGCAGGCUCUGCAAGAAGAGCGAUGCGACUCAUGAGGCCAUCGUCCAUGACCUCCGCGCCGUGACGACAGUGACGGUCACGCCCUGGCAGUGUAAUAGCAAGAAAUAUCGAUUGACAUACGGCCCCAACUUCGUGUGGGUCGGGGGGCGCAAGAUGAACACUGCUACUCUCGCCGACCUGGGGUGCGCCGGAGUUGUCUUCAUCUCGAGCAAGCGCGGCCUCACCUUGAGUUACGCGCGGUACUACGAGGCAAUGUUGUUCAGGAACUUCGCCUCGGCCAGGGGCGCAGACUGGGUGCAGAAGGAUUUCUUUGACGACGGCGACGGCGGCGGUUGGCAGGGGAAGAAGUUCCCUUUCGACAUGCGUAAACGUCACAGCCAUGCCAUUCUGUAUGUGCUGGCCGCGCAGGAGUUGGAACCGCUCGGCAAGCAUCUUGAUAUCUACGUGGAGGAGGAUAUCAGCGAGAGCGCUCUGAGGACAUACGACGACCACCUCCACAAGCGCGUCUAUCCGCCCGCCAACUCAGCUUGCGUCACUGAGCUAGUGGGCGACGGCCACGAGAAGGUGUUGGUGCGCUGCAGCGGCGGCCGUGGCCUGCCCGGAGGGAAAGUGCUGAAGAGGCCUUCGGCUGCUCGCAAGUUCGCUGGGAAGGCCUUGACGAGGAAGCCCGCUGCCGCGAAGACUCGCUCCAAGCCCAAGCCUGUCGCGAAGAAGACCGCCGUGAUUAAGAAGCCCGCGGCGACCAAGGCUGGCGCGAAGCGCAAAGCCCCGAAGUCUCUACACCACAACAACGGGCGGUUUAUGCUUCUGACCACGAGUGGCCGCGUGGUGGCUGUGACCGAGCAGUCCGCGCCAGAGGGCAACGACGUGGUCGAGUCCACCAUCCUCAGGGUUCCCCCGCAAUGUCCGAGGGUCAACUGCUUCAUAUACGACAGGGCAUGCUCGGUGAUGCCUUCGGCGCUGCUGGACGACCAGUUCAAUCAGAUCAAGUACUGGGUCGUCGACAGGCUGCGCGCCCAGAAGCACGUGCCCACCUGCGCAUGUAAUCCGACAAUACAUCGCUUGAAGCUGCGCAUCGGCGGACUUAUCACCCAGGUGGCCGAGCAGCGUUUCUCGUGGUUUCGCGGCUACUCGCGGAUUUUCAACGAGAUGUCGCCCAGCCGCCACCGCUUCUUCGUCCUGUACUUCGUUGCCAAGCACAACUAA